UUUUCCAUCAUGGUCGUUGCCAAAAAAUAUAUUCUCGUAAAACAUUUCAAUGGAGAACCUAAACCGGAAGAGUUCAAAAUUGUUGAAGAAGAAUUACCACCGAUUAAAGAUGGAGAGUUUUUGGUCGAAGCGGAAUAUUUAUCCGUGGAUCCUUAUAUGAGAUUCUUUGGGAAUAGAAUUCCGAUAAACGGGACGAUGAUCGGAGGUCAGGUUGCUAAAAUAAUUGAAUCAAAAGAUCCGAACUAUCCGGUUGGGAAGAAAAUAUUUGCUAGUCUAGGAUGGAGAACUCAUUCUAUCGUGAAUGUAAACGUAUCCGAUGACAUAUUAAAAUCAAAGCCGUAUAUUUUGACUGAUUUCGGUGAUCUCCCGUCAUCGCUUGGUCUCGGUGUUCUUGGAAUGCCAGGAAAUACAGCUUACUUUGGUCUCAUGGAAAUUUGUAAACCGAAGUCCGGUGAAACUCUGGUAGUUUCCGGUGCUGCUGGGGCGGUCGGCUCGCAUGUCGGACAAUUGGGAAAAAACUUGGACUUGAAAGUUAUUGGAAUUGCUGGCAGUGAUGCUAAGUGCAAAUGGAUUACUGAAGAUUUGGGAUUUGAUUCUGCAAUUAAUUACAAAACUCAAAAUGUCGCUGAUGAAUUGAAAAAGCUUGCACCCAAGGGUAUCGACUGUUACUUUGACAACGUCGGGGGAGAGAUAUCAAGUACUGUUAUUUAUCAAAUGAAUGAGUUUGGGCGCGUAUCAGUUUGCGGUUCAAUUUCGGCGUACAAUGCCGACCCUAAUAAUUUACCAAAGUGCACUUUAAUACAACCGGCGGUAGUACCUCGGCAGUUGAAGAUUGAAGGUUUCAUCGUUAGCCGAUGGAAUGAUCGUUGGAAUGAAGGAAUCGUCAAGAAUCUUGAAUUAAUUCGACAAAAAAAACUCGUAUAUCGCGAAACUGUAACCGAGGGAUUUGACAAAAUGGUCGAUGCAUUUGUCAGCAUGCUCCGUGGAGGAAAUAUUGGCAAAGCUGUUGUCAAAGUCUAG